AUGCAUCAACCUAGCUCGACCUCCGUCAAGGGUACGGAAACCGUGUUAGUCACGGGGGGUUCCGGCUUCCUAGCAGGCCACCUAAUCGCCAAACUCAUAACUGACGGCUACACGGUGCGUGCUACUAUUCGAUCCUCAUCUAAAGAAGCCGGAGCUAGACAGGCGGUCCUCGAUGCAGGGGUGGACACUGCGGACAGGCUGACCUUCCUCGUCGCCGACCUGACCGUGGAUGACGGCUGGCCUGAAGCAAUGCAGGGCUGUACUUUCGUGCACCAUGUUGCCUCGCCAUUCCCUUCCUCAGAUCCCAAAAACGAGGAUGAAGUGAUCCGUCCAGCCAAGGAAGGCACUCUCCGAGUCCUCAUGUUCGCCCGCAAUGCUGGAGUGAAGCGCGUCAUCAUGACCUCGUCCUUUGCCGCCAUAGGGUACGGCCAUAAAAGCAAACAUUCUUUCAACGAAGAGGACUGGUCCGUCAUAGAUGGCGAGGUGGCCGUACCGGCCUACCAUAAGAGCAAAACCCUGGCGGAGAAGGCUGCAUGGGAUUUCAUCGGAGAAGGACAAUCGCUCGAACUCUGCGUCAUCAACGCGACUGGCAUAUUCGGGCCAGUCCUUAGUCCAGAUCUCUCAUCAUCCAUCCAGAUUGUCAAGAACAUGCUUACAGGUGGCAUGGCUGCCUGCCCUCAAUUGUAUUUCGGAGUGGUCGACGUUCGCGAUGCUGCGUACCUGCACGUGCUCGCCAUGCUCAAGCCCGAGGCGAAAGGGCAGAGAAUCAUCGCCACAAGCGAUGGCGGGCCAACUUCUAUGAUCGGGAUCGCCAACAUCAUACGGAGAGGGCGGCCUCAGUAUGCACGCAGGGUACCGACAAGAGAACUACCAAAUUUCGUGGUCCGGACGGCCGCUCUCUUCAGUCCGGCCUUUCGUCGCCUACUCCCUGGACUUGGGGUCUCGAAGCAGAUCGAUAACUCCAAGGCCAUAUCGAUGGGGUGGAAUCCCAGGUCCAUUGAGGAAUGCAUCUGCGAUACCGUGGACAGCCUGGUGAGGUACAAGAUUGUCGAAGUGGGAGGUGAGGAAUCAGGGGUAUGA